CCAGAAUCUCUGCACUACAGCCGGAUGUUUUGCGAAGUUCGUUGUAUUUUUUGUGUUCUUCAAUCUGAUAUCUGGGGCUUCAACUGCAGAGUUAUUUGGUUAAUUUUCUCUUAAGACUUAAAUGUCAUUGGAUUACACAUCAAUCAGACGUCAAUAUAUUCAUUAUUUUAUUCACUGAUCGAGCGAAAACCAGUAAACACGUUAGAAUAGAAGUUCAUAUAUAAUUUUAACAGAAAAACAAAAAUGAAGAAACCUGCAAGUGUUUUCAUUACAUUAUAUUUAUUAUUAUGCACGAUUUCAGGAAUAAUCUGUCAUAAGUUUGAUUCAUGUAAAAGUAUAAAUGAGGAAUGUUCAAGUGACUAUGACUGUUGUUAUGAGAAAUGUUCUUUCUCAUUGUUUUCCUUUAGAAGUUAUUGUAAUGAUAAUACUAACUUAUACCAUUCACUGAAAUCCUACUUCAGGACUAAAGAAGAACAAACAGGAAUAUGUUCGUACACCAACAACCAGGUAUCUGAGACAGUUAGUGAUGGAAUGUUCUUUAGCUACAGUUUUAAUGCAGCCCACGCAGUAUUAGAACCCGGUACAAGAGUCGAAGUGAAGCUGGACGAUAAAAAAUUUAUAGUAACAAUAAAUAAUCGUCCUUCGCAAAACAAUGAAGUAAUUCUGGAGUUUUCCAAAGAAACAGCUAGGGCAUUAAAUAUUGAUAACGGAGGAAAAAUACCUUGCACAAUAUCUAUUGUACCCGAAUUGGAGAAUAAUCCAUAUUACAAAUAUCUUGAAUAUACGUUACCUUAUCUUGCUUUAUUUACGUUCUUGUUCAGGUUUUUUUUAGUAUAACCAAGACAAUACAUUUAUUUAACUCUUUAA